GCUUGCAGAGGUGAUCGGAGAGGUUGGACAAGGGAAGACGGCUCAUGCGGUGCGAGUAGCGGUGCUGUCGAUGUGCUCGAGGGCAUGAUUGGAAGUCGGCGGUCGAGGAGAGUCGAGUAGCUUGUGUGACAGCGGCCUCGUCGCAGCCAAUGGCGCCGAGUGGAAGCGCCCAACUUCGACCGCCGGCCGUUGUUCCCUGCCCUCUGUAGUCUCUCGACCACCAACUGCACCUCUUCUCCCACUUCCCUCUCCCAGCGACCAUGCUCUCUUCAGAUCAGGUCUGCAUGCCGGCGGAACUGUCCACGGCCAUGAUUCGACCGUCGUCGGAAUUUCAUCCAUUGUCGCCUGCUUCUCGUGGCGGGGCCGCAAUCAAGCGCCCGGGGGCCAGUAGAGCGUCAGAGCAGCGUCUCCAGCAUGUCGUUGGUACUUCGAGAGAUGACCGUCGUCCCCUCGACAAGACCAAGACCGCAAAGACUGCGUCGUCGUCCUUUACUGCGCCUCAUUCCGAAAGGUAGUGGGACUGUUGUUCUCGUGAUGGUAUAGCCUUGCAGUCUAGAGCGGCCUCAUUUCAACGGUUUGAAUUCGUUUUGUGGAAAGUACUGUCUUCAUAUUCCCAUGGCGGCCGGUACACGGGCGACCUGCGCACUGUACGGCCUCUCUCCUGACCUAGCUCAGACGACGUCGGCUCUGUAUCGUGCCUCCUGAAAGGUUCUCUGCAGGAACACUUCGUCCGCGGCUACUUUGGCGCCCUCCCGGAAUCUAGGUCACCCAGGAAAAGGAACGUAUCCUGCCACUACCCGCCUCCGUUGUUGCACGACCGAAGACUCAGUCGAGAUCCCAAUAACCGAGGCUCUGGGAAUAUAUUGGCUUUGCAUGGUUGGGACAAUGCCAUACCUCGUGGCUAUCUAUGCGAAAGAGAAACUUGCUACGAAGAUGCUUUUGACGGUUGCCUCAUUUAUACACCAGUAACGCCCGCGCAGUCAUAGAUCAGACGAAUUGAUCGAGAAUGUCCGGGGCUGGUGGCAUCUCGCGCCAGCGGUCCGUCUCGAACAAAUCCAGAGGAGCAAUCCCUCCACCAGAGACCAGAGCGAAGCCUCGUUCUGACGAUAUGCCUUUCGAGCCGUGUGCCUCGACUUCCUCCCUGCUCCUAUUUGCGCAGGGCUCUACCGUCGUAUGUCUUCAGCAUGACACGUUGACGAUCGAGAAGCGGUUCGAGAAGCAUUCCAAGGAUGUACAGCUGAUCGCUGCCGAUAGUGUCAGUGAGGCCGGUGCUGGAAGACUCGUCGUUUCCUACGAUGUGGGACAAACCGCCAUAGUCUGGGACCUGCUCACUGGCGAGCAAUUAUCCCGUUUUGUGUCCUAUGAAUCUUUGAGGGUGGCCCAUUGGAUGAGGAAUGGGAAUGUCGCUUUUGGUAAUGCCAAAGGCGAGGUUAUCUUGUUUGAGCCUGCAACCAGUGAUCACAUCUCAGCCCGUACAAUCUUCGACCCUAUCACCGCGAUAGCUCCUUCUUCAGAUUGUAAAACAUAUGCCAUCGGGUACAACAAUGGUUCGAUUCUCUUGGCAGCCUUGCAACCAUCCUUCACCAUCUUGCACACUUUGACAACAUCUCGUGCCCCAUCCCCAAUAGCAUCGUUGACGUGGCACGCUUCGUCCUCGAAGCAGAAAUCGGACAUGCUCGCAACACAGACAGCCGAUGGCGAUCUUAGGGUCUGGAGUGUGUCGAAGCCCCCGACAGCCGAAGCACCACGGGUGAUACGGGCCCUCAAACGUUCCGAUACGUACGUGCCCGGUCAAAACUGGAUAACAUGGUCCAAGAAUGGUCGCAUCGUGCAAUUCUCUGAGGGCAAGACUUUUGCUUGGGAUGUCCGAACUAAGCACGUGUCGGCGGAACCUAUCCCAACGAUCGACGGAGUAAGAGCGAUUGCCGCUCACGGUCCGACUGGCAAGCUCUUUACAAUUGGACCCGACUACACGGUGCAGCAGUACGAUGUGGAAAGAGGUGUCAUGGUGGCAAAUGUACGCCACCUGCCGAUUGCCAUUCCACCCACGCCGCCAGAAGACGGCAGGGGCCCAAUGUGGACGACUUCUGAGAGCGAGGAGGAGGUAGCAUCUCCUCCCAUCCGUGCCCGUCGAGAGCACCGUGGCAGCGAUGUUGGGAAGUAUGAUCGGAAUCGUGCUCAAGUCGCCAGUCCUCAGUCCGCUGGGGCUUCUCAGUACUCAAGCGUCAAGCCAGUAGCUAGCAAAAUGAUUUCACCCGCCGGAAAGACGGAACACACGACUACCACCUUCGACACGUCGAUACAAUCCCAGUCCACUCUGGAUCAAUCAGGACAAUUACCCAACCCGGCGUAUCAACAACGGUCCCCAAUCACGGCCAGGUCUACCAAGAAGGGCUCACGCCUCCGACAGGAAGUCGUGCUCAGUCCUGAAGAGCAACCUGUUCAAGAUCUCUUUCCUUUCACCAGGGCUCGCCUGCAUGAUGUUCCCUAUCGGCCGCCAAGGUCGCUUGAUGAGGCUAUGCUGACACCGGAUGAUCUCCGGCGGCAGAUGCUGAACGUCGUCUUUGGCUGGGAAGAAGAUAUCCAGGAUCUAGUGCGAGAUGAAUUGAGUCGCCACCCGAGCGCGAGCCAGAACGCCAUAAUACUAGCCAAGUGGCUCGAUGAGGACCCUGAUUAUCUUGCCGAGAUUUUGGGCUCGACCAGCGUGACGUCGAACCUUGACUGGAUGCUGUUGGCAUUGGGCACCAUCAGUAAUCAGGUCGGGGCCAAAAAGAUCACACAGGUUUUCAUUGAAAAGUUGUUGAGUAAGGGGGACGUCCACGCGGCGGCUGGUCUCUUGCUCGCCCUCGGAGAUUGCAGUGAUGCCAUUGAGGUCUAUGUCACAAGGAACCUGUACAUGGAGGCUGUACUGCUGACCUGUUUGGUCACACCGGACGAUUGGCAGCGACAAUCGUAUCUGGUGCGACGAUGGGGCGAACAUGUGGUCCAGAAUUCACAGCAAUCGCUUGCUAUUCGGUGCUUCUCAUGCACAGGAGUUGAGCCAUAUGAGCCCUGGACGUCUCCGCAAGCUCAAUUGGCCACUCAGCUCCCCGCUGUCCAAGCAGUCUCGAGUCCUCCAUUGCCUCAGGUGGAGAAUCUGGAGCCGACGCAAUACCCGGCCAUCUUCCAUAAGACAUUGGAGCGCCGGAGGACGCUGGACACACCGACGCCUGUUGCGAUGCCUCCUCCUCCGUUGGUACCAGCAAUGCCGGCUCCGCCAACCCCGUACAGAACUUCUGCCGCACACGGGCUCAGAAUUACGCCUCAGACAUCAGCUCUCAGACUGGUCACUUCCUUUGAGACCCAGAACAACAACGCCUUUAAAUUCCCUGGCCUGAAACCUGAUGAUCGAACCCCAACCAUGGGUGCAGUUGUCACUCCUAUCGCCGAGUCCGCCGUCGAUAAGUCUGCAUUGUCUCCCGGAGGCCUCGGCUCGUAUCGUCUAAACAAUGUACGAAGCAUCAACAGUGCCCUUUCUGCCAAAACAGCAACGCCGGGAGGCUUCCAACCCAGCAGAUUGGCGUCCAUUGGUGAAACACCUAUUGAUGUGGAAACUCCCCAGUUUCCAGGUUCGAUGCCUCCCCGAUCUAUUUCCGUCCCUGCGGAGUUCACAACAACGCAGACUAGUGAGAAAGAGGGCCACAAGGGCUCUGUCAAUGACUCCACCCAAGCCGGCAAACAGCCAGCAUUGACGUUGCUCACUUCGGCACGCUACGAACCUGUGGCGACUCCUAUAGGCGAAACCCCCCAGACUGCACUGGGACCACAUACCGCAGUGAGGUUCCCUGGGCCGGCGUCACAGACCAUGCCUCAAGGCUUGGGCGAGGCGGACGUGUCUCGUGGAGCUGGGGGCUCGAAAAGUCGUAAACCUGGUGGGCUCUCGAUUGAGACUACGAUGCAUAACGUCAAUGAGAGCCAGGAAUAUCUGCCUCCUACCAGUUAUGGCGAGUCGCUGACCCGGCCAACAACAACUGGCUCGUAUACCAAUACUCAACUUGAGACAUCAGGCAAUCUCACAAGCGGGCCAACGACCGGGAAAAGUAAUCGCAGUAUGAAAAGUCCCAUGGCAGCGGCGCGUAGCAUGGACUCAUUCAUUAGCAGCCUUGAGCAGGCUCAUUAUUAUGGAAAACAUUCACGAGCCCGAGGUUACAGCACGACCAGCAAGAACUCGAGAGACGACCGCUCGGAGAAGACGAAGAGCAGAGCCAGCCAUACGGAUGAAGGUAGUGGGAGGGAUAUCCGCCGUGGCAUUCCGCCAGCCAAGCGUUCCCCCUCUUCUCCUGUCCCUAUGUCACCGGAAGACGUUCGAAUGUAUAGCACCAGCGUGGAAAGCUUCGACUCCAUGUACAGUUCCAACUUGUCAGGGAUGGAUAGGAAGUCAACACCUGCCAGCAUGCCCAAACUGAGCCGGCGUGGCUCACAGUCGACAACCAAGGGCACCAAAAGCCGCCACCGAUCCCAAUCCAGGCAUAACGGUGUCCGAAGCAAGACAGGCAGCCGAACUGCAAGCCGGCAGCCAAGUCCAGACGCUACCUUGAUAUCACCGCGGGGUCGUAGCUCAUCUCGCAGGGACAAACCGGGGCAUCGAUCGCCGUCUUCUCCUCGACCAAUGGUCCCUUCCGAGGAAGACAGACAGAGCCGCUUUGACAAAGGAUCAGCCAUGAGACUUGUCUCUUUGGACCGUCAUCGAAUGCAGCGAAGCACCAGCCGACAACAUGAGCGUGACACCAGUGCAAGGCGAGAUGCCUCACCUGAUCGUCGACGGGACAGGGCUCGCUCACGGAGUCGGCAAGCAGACGAGACAUCCCUUCCUAGGAGGUCAAGUCGUAGUGAGGGGAGGAAACGCCGUCAGCGUCCGAAUGACGUGGCAGAUGAACGAAGCACCUCCCUUGGCCUCUCUGAACCAAAUUUGCCGCCCAAGAUAAUCACUCAAGAAGACCCUGGAGUCAGCAGCCAGCUACAAUACUCAAGUGAUCGCGGCCGCAAGGAGAUUGCAGCUGAGCAGCUAGAGGCUCGACGGCAAUCACUUACACGUCGACCCUCCGCCCCCAAUGUCCUGCCUCCCAGUCAACUGAAUGUUCACACUAAGUCAGCUUCGAUGGGGAACGUUCCACCUUUGGCAAGAGCCUACACGGAGGGUGCUUCAAUCGUCCGACCUUCCACCGCCGAGCAACAAGGCGGCGCUGAUGCGCUUGGAAUAGCUGUUCCUAGAGACCGGAUCGGAACGCCCAAGGCAAUGCAAGAACUGCAAACUACCUCAGGAGGAGAAGCGUCACUAUUGCUGACCAGCGACGUAUAUCGGCCUCCGACGCGAGAGGGCCCAAACAAGCCAGAAUCAACCCGUGCACCCGUGUCCCUGGAGUUCUUGUCCCAGAUCCCCAAGCAUCCCGCUUAUGACAGCCGCAUCGCAAACAGCAGGUCGAGCAGCAAAGGCCCUGAUGGUCGAGGAUCAUCUCGAAGCCGUGGGACGUCGCGAGACCGGACUCGCAUCUCUCCCCGCGACGCACCGCCCAUGUCUAUAGGAGGAGCUGCUGUUGCUGUUGAAGGAACACCAAAUUACACAAAUUCACCACCACAACAGAAUCCACCCAUCUUGCCGGAACUACAGCACCUGGCGGCACCCCCUCCACCACCACCUCCGCCGAAGCUGCCCUUGACCUUGGCCAACCUCAGUCUCUCGAACCUGCGCGCCUUGGACUCUGAUGCCGCAGCCGACGUUCCUUUACCGAUGUCCGCAAGUCCUGGAAACUUUGGUGAUGCACCACCACACACUGGGGUUUCGAUCUCUGCUCUUUCAGUGUCUACUACGGGCGGCCACCGACGAGGCCGGUCUACCUCCGACAUCAACGGCGGUGGACCGAAUCAGUUUUUGGGUAAGAUCAGAAAUCUGGCCGGUCGUGUGAGAAGUCCGUCCAGAGGACGUCGAGGCGGCGAUGACAACCAAGCGAUGAGCCCGCAGGGACAAGGGGAGCACGUUGCACCGUAUGAGAGUAUUCCGACGUGAUCGCCUCAUAUGGUGCAAUGUGCUCCUCUUGUGCGUGAGGGCUCACGGGUAAUGAGUUGUGGUACUCAGCCAUGGACUCGGGUAUUGUACGGACUUGGGAUGCAAGACCUAGUUUAAUACUAUAGGUAAUAUGCUAGCAGACAUGGGAGGUGGAACAACGGGGUGGGGUAGUAGCAGGAUACAGGGUGCGAGUCCAGUGGGUUGUCCCUUUUCCAUCAUUGUGAUCUGGUGCGCGCGUGAAGAGAGAACAAAAAGAGGGGAGUCUCCCCCCGGCCAAAAAAGGUUGUUCGUUCAAGUUGUAAGGGCUCACAAGGGCCACAAGAGGUGGAUUCUAUUUUCGAUUCUAUACACUCCUUCCAGCGAUGAUCGGAGCUGCACUGGACUACAAUCCAGCCAUCACUCGCGAUCGUGAGUUUCUAGUGUGGGAGAAUAAAAUGACUUGGUGUAUACCAUGGAUCGAUCGCCCUAUGUGACACCUUUGAGUAAAAAGUACUGUAGGUGCAUAGUACAUGGUUCAUUGUGAGAUAUACACACGGAGAUGAAUACAUAUAUACCUAAGUGAGGUAUAUGAGCCGCCUUUU